UAAAAUUUUACUGUGGUAUGAAGAAGAUGCCUUUGUUCAGGUACAUAAAGAUUCUGUUAGGGUGUCAUUGUAAAAUUCUGGAGCAAGCUUUGGAUAAAAAAUGAUACAUAAAUUCUAUUUGUCUCUUCGAAUAUAAUAGCAAAGAUCAAAUUUAAUAAAAGAACAAAGAAGAGCGAAUUGGUAGCAAAACAAUAGUUGUAAUUAUUUCCUAAGGGUAAAAACUAUUUGAGUAAAAGUGUCAAAUAAAAGCGUGGCUGCUGAAAACUCGAAAGAGUAUAAUAAACCCAUUAUUGUAUUGCAAAAAAUAGUACCUUAAAAGCUAUAUUGAGAAAGAUACAAUGGAUCCCAACUAUCAACUCAUGCCUGAUGUAGUAAAUGAUAAUUUGCCAGGCCUGAAGUUCACCAAAAUCUACAGCAGGCUUGGGAUUGUUCAAGUGGUUAUUGCCGUACUGUCCAUCACCUUAUCCACGACCACUGUAGUGAUGGAACAUAAUUUACAAGGAUACAGCAUAAAUAUGGGUUCUGGAAUCUGGUGUGGGGCCUUGUUUCUUGUUUCUGGUGUGUUUUGCAUUGUAUCUGGAAAGAAGCCUUCACACUGCUGGAUUACUACUGGACUUGUUCUGUCUAUACUUUCUGCUGUUUUUGCAGCUGCAAUGGCAUCUUUUGAGGUGACUUGUGCAUUAUACAAUGAAGCAAGUGGAAGAGUAUCUACUGAUGUAGAUAUUACUGAUAUACUGGUUGUAUUGCAUGCUGUCCUUGGGUGUUUGGGAACUGUUGACAUCAUCAUAUCGUGCAUAUAUGCUGGCUACUGUUGCCCUGCACUUUGUUGCUCGAGACAACAUGUGAGUUAUGAAGAUGGAAAUGUUCAAGUUUGUACUGUUUUACAAAAUGGUUCAGUCUCAAGAACAAAUUUGGAGUCACGGACACAUCUUGAAACGAAGAAAUAUUCAUGUUACAACCAAGAUACGGAAAACAGUGUUUCAAUCUGAACCAUUGUGACAUUAACUUUUUGAUGUACAUAAAACUUUAAAAAAUGUUAAUCUAUGAUUUUGUAAAUUUAUUAUAUAAAUUUGUAUGAAUUGUCUUAUAUAAUUUGUUUAAUUUACAGACCAGGCAUAGAUAGUACAAGUUGGAAUAUUAGAGAAAUGUAGCUUUGGCAAUGAAUGUAUAGUGUUACCAAAAAUGAGGUUCAAUUCAAAAUGGUACAAAAUAUACACUGUUAUCCUGUUUAAACU